GUUCUUGCCUGCGCGGCUUCCGUUCAAAUCGGCAAAUGGGUCAUACGAGGCAGGUGAGUCCGACAGUGGCAUCAAUAAUGGCCCUUUUCGCCCUGAUGCUACUGGUCCACCAAGCCUCCUCCAUAGCAGAGGAACAGCAGGAGGAGAAGCGCGUUGAAACGGCCAUGCAUCAAAUGGCCAAGGACAUGGAAUCCGGGCGACGCAUAAGUGCGAAGCAGAGUCAGGACAUCGUAAAGCAGUUUGAGCAUCUCGGGGAAUAUAUAAAGAAAGAGGCGUCAAGCAAGAGGGGAAUUAAUCUAAUCAACGGCAAGCCCGGCCAGGUCUACUCCAUAUACUUCGAGUUCUCCAACCGAAAGCACUCGAAACGAAGGAGUUCUUAAAAAUCAAAGUUGUAUAAACAUCAGAGUGGAAGCUGCACUUUGUUUUCAUUCAGUUAGCGAAAAAAACAGAUUGCAGAUCUCAGAAAAUAUCAGUUGGCAUCUUUUUGGGAGUAUUCCCCAUCUAUCCCCGGGUCAAAAAUUACCUAAAACUCCUGCUCCGUUUCCGGGAAUCUGGAUCUGAUCUCUGGUGGAGAGUACAAUCGAUGCCCAAGAUUGAUUGGAACACAAACGAGCUAAAUAACCAACCCCUAACCGACCGCAGCCCUGCUAUGUGCUAUGUCAAUAGGAAGAUGAGAACCGUUCUGGUAGUACUCGUAAAGCUCCUGCUGUCGCCUCUGCUGAUUCUGGCAGGUGUACAGACAUCGGAAUUCCGCGAUGCCAUGAAGAAAAUGGACAAAAACAUGAAGAUAGCCAUCCAAAUGGGAAACGAGUUGGAGAGAUAUUUUGACCAGGCGACGGGAAGCCCUGGCCAGAAGGUGUUCAACAUCAAGCCGGCCAAGAACGCCUUAAUCCGCUUCAGUUACUCCAAGCCACAAGGCCACCAGGACUCCGAAAGCUCCAAUGGCAAGCGGCGCCCGUCAGUAUCCGCCAGCAGCGCCACUAGCAAGCGACGCCAGCAGCCAAAGUACUUCCUGAACUUUAACUUUAAAAACCAUCGAAGGUCUAAGACGGAUGUGGAUCAGCCGUCGACCACCGUUCAGCCAAGGACGGGGCGGGCUCGUCAGAAGAGACUUCGCAACGGAAUGCCCAAUCCCUUCAAGUAUUUUCCACUUAAGGGCGAAAAUAUCUAGCAGUGACUAUCAUUUUUAUUUACAAACCAAAAUAUUUACUCACUGAUAAGAAAAUAUUUGAUCAAUCGAUUAUACCCCGUCCAAAAAAGGCCAAAUUUCGACGAUUAGAAUUUGCAUGACUUAUGUGAUUCAAACUUAGUUAUAAUUAGAAAAAAAAAAACUAUUGGAAAGCUUUCCUCGAGUCUAGAAGCCUGAAUACCCAAGGAGUAUCCGAGAUAGAAAAGAAUAUAGAAAGGGGAAGGAAACAUACCUCAGCAUAUAUGUGUGUAGGUACAGUCUUAGCUUGAUCAAUACCCUUAAGGAAGUUUGUCCUCAAUGCAACUUCCGAUAACCGACCAGACGGAGAGCGACCACUAUAGUUUUAUCUUUGCAAAAUUUGUAGUUGUUAUCCACAAAAUGAACGCUGUCUGGGGGCAACAAUUAUUAGCAGGAACGUUUGGUUCUAAAACGGAUCGAUCACUCCCACGCCUUAGAUAAGAACUUUGACCAGACUGGAAAUUUCGAA